AUGCCCCCCCCCUUCCCCGUCUCCAGAAGGCCUGGUGGGGGAGGGGCCGCGGCGGCGGAGGAUGCUUCCUCCAUCCGGGCCCAGACCCCCGCGGGCCGCCGGGGCGGACGCAGGACCCCCCCCUCCUCCCCGAUGGCUGACGCGGGGCCAGGCCGCGGCGGCACGGCAUCCCCAAGAGCCUGGGGGGAGGCGGGUGGCGUCGGAUCGGGCGCUCCAGGCCUCGACCGCGCCCGGGAGGCGGGCGUCUCGUCCUCCAGCCCCGUCGACCUUGCGAUACUGGGGGCCAUGGAGUCUCAGGUGGGGGGGGGGCCGGCCGGCCCAGCCCUGCCCAACGGGCCACUCCUCGGUACCAAUGGAGCCACUGAUGACAGCAAGACCAACCUCAUCGUCAACUACCUGCCGCAGAACAUGACCCAGGACGAAUUCAAGAGUCUCUUUGGCAGCAUCGGGGACAUCGAGUCUUGCAAAUUGGUGCGGGACAAGAUUACAGGGCAGAGCCUGGGCUAUGGCUUUGUGAAUUAUUCUGACCCCAACGACGCAGACAAAGCCAUCAGCACCCUGAACGGCCUCAAACUGCAGACAAAGACCAUCAAGGUAUCCUAUGCCAGGCCAAGUUCCGCCUCCAUCCGAGACGCUAACCUGUACGUCAGCGGGCUUCCAAAGACCAUGACCCAGAAAGAAAUGGAACAGCUCUUCUCCCAAUACGGGCGCAUCAUUACUUCUCGUAUCCUGAUGGACCAGGUCACAGGUGUGUCUCGGGGCGUGGGAUUCAUCCGCUUUGACAAGAGGAUCGAGGCCGAAGAAGCGAUCAAAGGACUGAACGGGCAGAAGCCGCUGGGCGCUGUGGAGCCCAUCACGGUCAAGUUUGCCAACAACCCGAGUCAGAAGACGGGCCAGGCCCUGCUCACUCACCUCUACCAAUCCUCAGCCCGGCGCUACGCAGGCCCUCUGCACCAUCAGACGCAGCGCUUCCGGCUGGACAACUUGCUCAACAUGGCCUACGGCGUCAAGAGUCCCCUGUCGCUCAUCGCCAGGUUUUCCCCGAUCGCCAUCGACGGCAUGAGCGGCCUGGCGGGCGUGGGGCUGUCGGGGGGUGCGGCAGGCGCCGGCUGGUGCAUCUUCGUGUACAACCUGUCACCCGAGGCCGACGAGAGCGUGCUGUGGCAGCUGUUCGGGCCCUUCGGGGCGGUCACCAACGUCAAGGUCAUCCGCGAUUUCACCACUAACAAGUGUAAGGGCUUCGGCUUUGUCACCAUGACCAACUACGACGAAGCGGCCAUGGCCAUCGCCAGUCUCAACGGCUACCGCCUGGGUGAGCGUGUCCUGCAGGUGUCCUUCAAGACCAGCAAACAGCACAAGGCCUGAGCCUGCCCGGCCGCCGCCCUCCCCUCCCUGGGCA